AUGAUUUGUAUUGAGUGUGGUGCUGCGGUGGAUUCGUUAUAUACAGUUUAUUCCAAUAAGCAUAUCCAAUUGACCGAAUGUUCACAAUGUCACAAUAUCGUCGAUAAAUAUGUAGAGUUCGAUAAUGUUUUAAUGUUCAUUGAUUUACUAUUACUGAAACCUGGUGCUUAUAGACAUCUAGUAUUCAACUCAUUGGAGGAAAGAUUGUCAAAAUACAAAGAAAGUAAACCCUUACAAGGUCCCCUCCGAUCCAGACUGCUAAUACUCCGAAACAAUAUACGGAAUUGGCUACUGAAAUUCGAUGACUUAAAUAGAUUAUGGUUGUUAUUACUCACUUUUGAAAUAUAUUUAACUUGGUUCACUGAAGAUGAAACACCUCCUCAUAAGAGAUCAUUGUUAAUGUCUCGUAUCUUGACUGAAAAUGCAUUGAUACAAUACGCAUAUUUCACUCUUUAUUGUUUAAUAGAUAUCUCAAUGUUUCAUUAUCUUAUCCAAUAUUUUAUCAUAUCAUGGUGUAAAUGGGGUACCAACGUGAAAAACGCAAAACAUGUCAUUUCAUAUACGAUAUUAUUAUCAUAUGGUGCCAAGAUUUUCCCCAUUUUAAUGUUGAUUUGGCCAUAUGAUACCAUUUUGUCAAUGAGUAUAAUUAAAUGGGUCGCAAAUUUCUAUAUAGUGGAAUCUUUAAGGAUUGUCACGAAUUUAUCAUAUUUUACCAUUUUGAGAAUAUUUACAUUCGUAUCAUUCGCAAGAUAUACUUGUACGAAACCAAUACUGAUAUUAUUUGUUUCUAAAUGUAAUAUUCAUUUAAUGAAAACUUAUUUAAAAUCUGAAAUUGAUGUCGAAUUAUUGAGAUUGGAAUCAUUGAAAUAUUUCAUUACAGGAUGA